GCUGCCGGGUCCGGGCGCGGGGGAGCUGCCGGACGAGGGAGAGCGCGAGCCGGCCGGGGGUGGGGCUGCGCGCAGGGGCCGAGCGAGGCCGAGUGGCCGCAGAGGCGCGCCAGGCAGCCCGGCCCCGAGCCCGCGCGCACGGCGGCCGCCGCCGCCGCUGCAGCAGCAGCAGCAGGUCGGGGUCCCCGCCGGUCGCGCGCGCCCAUGGCGGUCGCGGGCCAGCUGUGCCUGCUCUACCUGUCCGCCGGGCUCCUGGCCCGGCUGGGCGCAGCCUUCAACCUGGACACCCGCGAGGACAACGUGAUCCGGAAAUCGGGGGAUCCCGGGAGCCUCUUCGGCUUCUCGCUCGCCAUGCACUGGCAGCUGCAGCCGGAGGACAAGCGGCUGUUGCUUGUGGGGGCGCCUCGGGCAGAAGCACUUCCUAUGCAGAGGGCGAACAGAACAGGGGGCCUGUACAGCUGUGACAUCACCUCUCGGGGACCUUGCACACGGAUUGAAUUUGAUAACGAUGCUGAUCCUAUGUCAGAAAGCAAGGAAGACCAGUGGAUGGGAGUCACUGUCCAGAGCCAAGGUCCAGGUGGCAAAGUGGUGACGUGUGCACACAGAUAUGAGAAAAGGCAGCACGUUAACACAAAGCAGGAGUCCAGGGACAUCUUCGGAAGGUGUUACGUCCUGAGCCAGAAUCUCAAGAUUGAAGACGAUAUGGAUGGAGGAGACUGGAGUUUCUGUGACGGCCGAUUGAGAGGUCAUGAAAAAUUUGGUUCUUGUCAGCAAGGGGUAGCAGCUACUUUCACUAAAGACUUUCACUACAUUGUGUUUGGAGCUCCCGGUACUUACAACUGGAAAGGGAUCGUCCGUGUAGAGCAAAAGAAUAACACUUUUUUUGACAUGAACAUCUUUGAAGACGGGCCCUAUGAGGUUGGCGGAGAGACUGACCAUGAUGAAAGCCUCGUGCCCGUUCCUGCCAACAGUUAUCUAGGCUUUUCGUUGGACUCGGGGAAGGGCAUUGUUUCUAAAGAUGACAUCACUUUUGUAUCUGGUGCCCCAAGAGCCAAUCACAGCGGGGCUGUGGUUUUGCUCAAAAGAGACAUGAAGUCCGCACAUCUUCUCCCUGAGUAUAUAUUUGAUGGAGAGGGCCUGGCUUCCUCCUUUGGCUAUGACGUGGCUGUGGUGGACCUCAACGCAGAUGGGUGGCAAGACAUCAUUAUCGGAGCCCCACAGUAUUUUGACAGAGACGGGGAAGUUGGGGGUGCGGUGUACGUCUACAUUAAUCAGCAAGGCAGAUGGCGCAACGUGAAGCCAGUUCGCCUUAACGGGACCAAAGAUUCCAUGUUCGGAAUUGCGGUAAAGAAUAUCGGCGACAUCAAUCAAGACGGCUAUCCAGAUAUCGCUGUUGGAGCUCCCUACGAUGAUCUGGGGAAGGUUUUCAUCUAUCACGGAUCCCCAACUGGCAUAAUUACCAAACCAACACAGGUCCUUGAGGGUACAUCGCCUUACUUUGGAUAUUCGAUUGCUGGGAACAUGGACCUGGAUAGGAACUCCUACCCUGAUGUUGCUGUUGGCUCCCUCUCAGACUCAGUGACCAUUUUCAGAUCCCGGCCAGUGAUUAACAUUCUGAAAACCAUCACGGUGACCCCUAAUAGAAUUGACCUCCGCCAGAAGUCCAUGUGUGGGUCACCUAGUGGGAUAUGCCUCAAGGUUAAAGCCUGUUUUGAAUAUACAGCGAAACCCUCUGGCUAUAAUCCUCCAAUAUCCAUCGUGGGCAUACUUGAAGCUGAAAAAGAAAGACGGAAAGCUGGGCUGUCAUCCCGCGUUCAGUUUCGAAACCAAGGUUCUGAGCCAAAGUAUACUCAGGAGCUCACCCUGAACAGGCAGAAGCAGCGGGCUUGCAUGGAGGACACCCUCUGGCUGCAGGAGAACAUCAGAGACAAGCUGCGGCCCAUCCCCAUCACCGCCUCGGUGGAAAUCCGGGAGCCCAGCACCCGCCGGCGCGUGAACUCGCUUCCCGAAGUUUUUCCCAUCCUGAACUCCAAUGAUGCCAAAACAGUCCAGACAGAUGUGCACUUCUUAAAGGAGGGAUGUGGAGACGACAAUGUCUGUAACAGCAACCUUAAGCUAGAGUAUAAAUUUUGCACCCGAGAAGGAAAUCAAGACAAAUUCUCUUACCUUCCAAUUCAAAAAGGCAUCCCAGAAUUAGUCCUAAAAGAUCAGAAAGACAUAGCUCUGGAAAUAACAGUGACCAAUGGCCCCUCGGAUCCGAGGAAUCCCAGGAAAGAUGGCGACGAUGCUCACGAAGCCAAGCUCGUAGCGACGUUCCCAGACACUCUGACGUACUCGGCCUACAGAGAACUCAGGGCUUUCCCCGAGAAGCAGCUGAGCUGUGUCGCCAACCAGAAUGGCUCCCAAGCAGACUGUGAGCUCGGAAAUCCUUUCAAGAGAAAUUCCAGUGUUACUUUUUAUCUGAUUUUAAGUACAACUGAGGUCACCUUUGACACCACAGAUCUGGAUAUUAAUCUGAAGUUGGAAACAACAAGCAAUCAGGAUAAUUUGGCUCCAAUUACUGCAAAAGCAAAAGUGGUUAUUGAAUUGCUUUUAUCGGUCUCCGGAGUCGCUAAACCUUCGCAGGUGUAUUUUGGAGGUACAGUUGUUGGUGAACAAGCGAUGAAAUCUGAAGAUGAAGUAGGGAGUUUAAUAGAGUAUGAAUUCAGGGUGAUUAACUUAGGUAAACCUCUUAAAAACCUCGGCACAGCGACCUUGAAUAUACAGUGGCCCAAGGAAAUUAGAAACGGCAAAUGGUUGCUUUAUCUGGUGAAAGUAGAAUCCAAAGGUUUGGAGCAGAUCGUUUGUGAGCCACACAGUGAAAUAAACUUCCUGAAGCUGAAGGAGUCUCACAACUCAAGAAAGAAACGGGAGGUUCCUGAAAAACUGAUAGAUGACAGCAGGAAAUUUUCUUUAUUUUCUGAAAGAAAAUACCAGACCCUCAACUGCAGCACCAACGUGAACUGUGUGAACAUCCGGUGCCCGCUCCGAGGGCUGGACAGCAAGGCCUCCCUCAUUCUGCGCUCCAGGCUGUGGAACAGUACAUUUCUAGAGGAGUACUCCAAACUGAACUACUUGGACAUUCUCGUGCGGGCUUCCAUCGAUGUGACCGCUGCUGCUCAGAACAUCAAGCUCCCCCACGCGGGCACUCAGGUUCGUGUGACGGUGUUUCCCUCAAAGACGGUAGCUCAGUAUUCAGGAAUAGCUUGGUGGAUCAUCCUCCUGGCUGUCCUUGCUGGGAUUUUGAUGCUGGCUCUGUUAGUGUUUUUACUGUGGAAGUGUGGAUUCUUUAAGCGCUCCAGGUACGACGACAGCGUUCCCCGAUACCACGCUGUGCGGAUCCGGAAAGAAGAGCGAGAGAUCAAGGACGAAAAACACAACGACAACCUCGAAAAAAAACAGUGGGUCACAAAGUGGAACGAAAACGAAAGUUACUCAUAGAGGGCACAGGAAACCUCGCACUACCCGAAAUCCCUCCUGUUUCUUCCAGCUCAGAAAUUCAGGUGGCUUCAGCCUGCUUGGCCUGGCGACAGAGCACGGGACCUGCAGUAUAUCAGCUGUGGAUAGCGUCACACCUAAGGCUCCUGUUUUGCACAGCCAAAUUUAAAACUAACAGGGUGGAUUUUUUUUUUUUUUUCUUUAACUGCCUUAAUUUAACUUUCCGGGUUGCCUUUGGUUUUUGGUGUGGCUGAGUGAACACCCUGGGACCGUCUCUCCUGAUAGCACAGCUAGAGGAAGGCCCCACCACCGCCGGUGCUCACGGAGCCCCCAUCCCAGCCUGUCCCCACAAGCACCCCUUCCCAGAAGGUCGGAGAGCCUGCAGGUUGACUGCCCCCUGGCUCAGGACCCCGCCACCGGAUAGCUGUGUCUCUGUUGAAAGUUCUGUCUUGAAUGUGCAAUAGAAGGUGAUGUUCCCAUUCGGCCUCCUCUCUCCAUUCCCCGGAAGUGAGGGUCCUCGCCGGUGCUAACCGCACACAGGUUCCUUUCUUUCGCCCUCAUCACUGAAGCACACGUGCGACAGACUUGAAUGCUAGUUACAUUUGUUUAUAUUAUGAUAUUUAUUUUUUUUUUUUUCUUCAAGCCAUCUUGCUGUUGGCAAAUAGGCCAAAGAUGCUUCAGGUUGGUUUAGGCAAUCAGAAUGCGAACCUGGGAGGUCGGUUCUUUUUGUUGUUGUUGUUUUGCUCAGAUCUUAAUUACUACCACAAAAAGAAAGUUCUUUAUAAACAUGCAAGGGUCGUUGUAAUAACUUAAGCUUCUCUGUAAAUGAUAUCACCUCCUUCCUGGCAGACUCAGAAAGUUUGACAAAGGAGGUUAGCUGUAGGAUGUUUCGUCCUCACCCAGAAUCGGGUGGUUUCAUGGUUUUCAGCCCUGUGUGGAACUGUUGAACUGUGUGCUGUAAGCGCAGAUCUCUUGGAGGAAGGGAGCUUGCUCACUGAACUCUGCGGUCUGUGUGCUCGCCGCUGCCGGCACUGUGCAUUCAGUGCUGAAGUGAGCACCUCGGUGGAUCCAGACCAAUCCAGUGCCAGACUACUGAAGCGCAUCCGUUGCCAAGAUGGCCACACCAGACGGACAGAGGGCCACAGCACUGAGCUGCUAAGUGUCAGCUCAACCAGAGAGUCCAUGUUUGAUUUUUUUUUUUUAAUUGUUCACCCCAAACUAAAUUCUUCUAAAUGAUUUGUGACUACUUUGACAAGACCUUUAGGCCUGAAGCAGGAGGGUUAGCUCAUUGCUAGCGUGCUCACCUAGCAUGCCUGGGCCCACGUUGGUUUUCAUUUGUUUGUAAAAAUGAUAGGAGGGGGAAACCAGUUAUUUUUCUAUAUAUUCAACAGAGAUUGACUACAUUAUCAAAGCUGAGCUUUUAACUGUGCUUUAAAAUAAUUAAGUUAUAUGGGGAGCAAUAGCAAACAGGUGCUAAUUUGGCUGGAUAUUGUGUAAGCAGUUCUCUGCCUUUUUUUUAAGACUGGGUCUUGAGUAACCCAGGCUGGCCUUGAAAUUCUGAUCUUCCUGCCUCCCCAUUCCAGGGCUGGGCUAUGAUUGUAGGUGUGUGCCACCACACUUGGCUUCAUUCAGUGCAACUGACACCAGGCUUUGUGCAAGCUAGACCAGCACUGUGCCCCAGCCCUUUUAAAACAAGAAAACACUGCUAAAUGUACCACUGUUGCUUUGGAGUUCUCUCUCUCUCUCUCUCUCUCUCUCUUUCUCUCUUUCAUAAAACAUUAUACCUUUACGAUAGCAAAGCCUUUUAUUCUGGUUCUACUUUGGCAUCUUCACUCAAAAAUAAUUUUACAAAUGAUACCUUGUUUACAGAAAGUUCUCUGCCACAGGUCCUAAUAGUGUUUAAAGUCUCAGUUUCUUGCUUGGGUAGCUUGAAGCCUCACACGUUGGCUUUAGAGGACACAGCAAAGAAGCUGAUAGCUUGACAGUGUUUGUAGAUCUUUGUUGUAAAACUGAAUGUCCUGGAAAGCGUUGGGAGGGAGUUCAACAACAAAGAAACAAGAAUGUCAUGCUGUUUAAAUUUAUAGUUGUUUAAAAUGUCAUCUCAAGUCGAGUCACUGGUCUGUUUGCAUUUGAUAGGUUUUUAUACUAACUAGCAUUGUAAAAAUUAUUUCAUGAUUAGAAAAAUACCUGUGGAUAUUUGUAUAAAAGUGUGAAAUAAAUUUUUUAUGAAAACAUUCAAAGCUUGUUAACACAGCAUUGUGUACGUAAAAGCAAACUCUAAAAGUAUAAAUGACAACCUGUGUUGCCUUUCUUUGUACUUCAUCAAACCAAAGUAAAGCUUUCAAUAUUUUU